GAACGAUAUUUCCGGUCACAUGACAGUUCCUCAGACCAGGAAGUGCAGUGUUCGAUGUUGACGUUUGAAAACAAGUGGAAGAGAAGCUGAAGGUUCACUUAGCUGCGAUCACCUGGAAUCAACAUGGAGGACACACUCUUCCAGCUCAGAUUCACUACAAAGCAGCUUGAGAGACUGGCCAAGAAGGCUGAGAAGGAUUCUGAAAAGGAGCACGCCAAGGUCAAGAAGGCUUUGCAGCAGAAGAACGUGGAAUGUGCCAGAGUUUAUGCAGAGAACGCCAUCCGGAAAAAAAAUGAAGGUCUUAACUGGCUGCGCAUGGCGUCACGAGUCGAUGCUGUGUCCUCCAAAGUCCAGACUGCUGUCACCAUGAAGGCAGUGACCAAAAGCAUGGGCCAGGUGACCAAGGCUCUGGACAAAGCUCUGAGCUCCAUGGACCUGCAGAAGGUCUCUGCCAUUAUGGACAAGUUUGAAACUCAAGUACAGAACCUCGACGUCCACACCUCGGUGGUGGAGGACUCCAUGAGCUCGGCAAUGACGCUGACCACACCUCAGGAGCAGGUGGACGACCUGAUCCACCAGAUAGCAGAGGAGAGUGGCCUGGAGGUGAUGGACCAGCUCAACCAGCUGCCGGCAGGAGCCACCUCUGUGGGCGCCCCGAGCACACAGAGCCAAGAGAGGGAGGACCAGCUGUCUCGAAGACUCGCUGCUCUACGGAACUGAAGGCUGCUCUGGGAGCGGUGAUGGCGCUCAUGGCUGCGAGGAAGCAGAUGACAGGAGCUGUGUGUGUGUGUGUGCGUGUGUGUGUGUGUGUGCGUGUGUGUGUGUGUGCGUUUCAAUCGAACUGUUCCUAUCGGGAGGACUUAAUGAGGCUAUUGAUUCCCACUCUCCUGCUUUAUAAAUACACACACACACCACCUGAGAGGCAUGCAUCGCUCUCUCUCUGGUUCACCUUCCCAUUUUCGAUCCAUUUCUAUUUUCUCCUUUUAAUUCCCCCGCCCCGGCUGUAGCUACACUCUUCAUACUGGAUGUCUGCUUUGUACAAAAAGAAAAACAUUUUACGAACUGUACAAUGUAGAGUGAUGAAAAUAAAGGGUUUUAAUGGGCACUUACAGUCAUUAUAACAGAGUAGACAGUCGACUUCCUGUUUACACCACAUGACCAGUGUACGUGUGUUCGGCUCCAUCCAAACUACAUCUUGUGUGUGGACAGAGAUUAUUUCUGAUUCUGAGCAAUCAUCUGGACGGAGAUCGAUUUAUUUUACAAAUGAAAAGGAUUUCGUGUGGACGGGUGUGUUCACGUUUUUUAAAAACAUUUUUUGAUCCAUUUGUCAGAAAUGGUUUAAUAGUUGAUUCUUUUCAGAGGAACAAGACUCUUAAAUGAAUUGGGGGUGUCAGUUUUUGCACUCACAGUUCUUUGUUGUUCUUGUUGGUCUUGUUGUUCUUGUUGGUCUUGUUGGUCUUGUUGGUCUUGGUAACACUACAGAACAGUGUCCCCUCGUCAGACUCCAAUCAGCAGCCUCUACCUGACCUCAUGAUAACACACAGUCAGUCCUCCCACUUGUUGUUUCUCUGUGUCAAACGGGUCGUGUGGCUUUAAUUCAGACUUUUUGCUUCGAACGCCUUAUUUGGGAUGCAGGUGCUUUCGUAGGUGCUUCCCUCACCAGUGCCUGACACAGUAGUUUACAGGCCGUCUUUAACUCUGUGGAUUGAAGUUGCCUGGUCUCUCUCAUAGAUACUUGGUAUUUGAUUUAAGUUGUUGAAACCCCCUCCCAACGGCAACAUCGGAACCUCAUUCAGAUAUUUUUAGAAGCGUCUCCGACUGAAAAUAACCUGAUCACCUGUCUCAGUUUCAUCCUGGACUGUUCCAGGAGGACAACACGUCCACUCAGAGCUGUGAUGCACCAGCUGGAUUAUUUAGAUUUUUGAUAUCUUGUUUUUUUCCUAAUUUGCCUUGUAAACCAUACAUUUGUUCGAAAGUUUCAUUUGUGGUGUUUUGGGUAAAUGCAGGAGAUGUGGACAGAGAAGAAUCAAAUGUAGAAUGUCACCAGAACGUGUUUGAAUUUAUCUGAAGACUGGUUCCUUUUGUCUUUUGUUAUUUUCAGGUUACAGCUCUGUACUGAGUUCACAGUUGACAGAGCAGCUUCCCUUCCUCUGGAUCAGGUUUCUGAUUUCUCCAUUUUAACACUAGGAAGCUUCAUUUGUACUCAGAGUUUCACAGACGUUACAGCAUGUUGGUUUUGUAUAUAUCUAUGUGUAUCUUAAAUAAAUAAAAUCUUGCCCUCUGA